CCUGAGCGUACUGUUGUUUGAGGGGCGCAGAAAGACGUACGACGCCGCAAACGUCACCCCCUAAACUGGAGAGCGACAGCAUUAAGAAUAUUAACAAUAGUAAAAGUGUUAACUAUAUUAAUAACGUGCACAUAAUUUUUGUUUACCGUUCCAAGAUCACAUUCGUCACGUAAUCUUUUCCGGACUUCCGCUUCCCGCUGAAUAUCACUAUGAGUUUUGGUUCCAUAUUUGGACUUUCCAUCUAGUCAAACUGAUCAGAUAUCAUUCACACUGAUCAGGUAAUGGAUCACUGUUGGUCGGAUCGAGCAGCUACGUGGUUCGGGUCCUUUUCGGAAAAAAAUCGGAAGCGACAGAUAUAACCGGAAGCAUUUCAAAAUAAGAGGCUGGUCAAUUGAUGUUGUGUUGGUAGGCUCCGUUGAUGGUCGAUCUUAUUGGACUUCAUCGCACAACUAAAAGCUCCAGUUGACUAGUGGCUGAUUUCUUCCCGGUUUGUCCGCUCUUUCCUUAAAAAGUUUUUCUUUCUCAACUCUUUUUCAUGCCAAAAGCUGUAUUUUCUGCAAUACGCUUACCUUUCAAGCACGUUCUUUUUUUCAAAAGACAUGAUUUACUUUUAAAACACUUUAGUGCCUUAAGAAGUCUUUCUUUUCCUUUAAAAAGUGUUUUUCUUUGAAAAAACACAACGCCAUACAAUCUGGGCCAAAGGUCUUCAGCAAACAUGGCGGCAGUAGUUCUUCGAAGGAAGAUUUUCAAGACGUCAUUUUUAGCGUCAUGUUUCCACAGUUCACCGGCCGUUCUUCAACAGCCUCCUCUUCCUCAGUCACGCUUCUUCCCGCCGCAAGAGGCGCCCAUGCUGGCACCCGGUAGCUUCAACGGCCGCGUGGCUUUCAUCACGGGAGGCGGGACAGGAUUGGGCCGUGCCAUGACGACCACCCUGUCACAGCUGGGAGCGGAGUGUGUCAUUGCUAGCAGGAAGUUGGACAUCCUGCAGCAAACAGCUGAUGAGAUCAGCAGCCAGACUGGAAACAAGGUUCAUGCGGUCCAGGUUGAUGUCAGAGAUCCUCGGGCUGUAACACGUUGUGUGGACCACAUGGAAAGUCUGACAGGCUUACCUGAUGUGAUCAUCAACAACGCAGCAGGAAACUUCGUUUCCCCGUCAGAAAAUCUGUCAGCCAACGCCUGGAAGACCAUCACGGACAUCGUCCUGAACGGAACUGCCUUCACCUCUCUGGAGCUCGCCAAGAGACUCAUCAACAGCGGCAAAGGUGCGUCCUUCCUGGCCAUCACCACUAUAUACGCCGAAUCAGGAUCCGGUUUUGUGGUUCCGAGCGCAUCGGCGAAGGCGGGUGUGGAGGCGCUGUACAAGUCUUUGGCAGCAGAGUGGGGACGCUACGGGCUCAGGUUCAACAUCAUCCAGCCUGGACCCAUCAGAACCAAGGGGGCCUUCAGCCGCUUGGAUCCAACAGGACAAUUUGAAGCUGGAAUGCUGAGCCGGAUUCCAACGGGUCGACUGGGAAAACCCGCUGAGGUGGCAAACCUGGCGACGUACAUGUGCAGCGACUACGCUAGCUGGAUGUCUGGAGCGGUGGUCCGUUUCGAUGGCGGCGAGUACGUGAUGAUGGCGGGAGAAUUUAACGAGCUGCGCAGAGUAAGUGUUGCACUCCAAUGUUUGCCUUAUUGUGUUGUAACAUUGCUUGUCAAUCAUCCCUGGCAGGUAACACCUGAUCAAUGGAAGCUGAUGGAAAAGAUGAUCAGAAGCACCAAAGGUUCCUGAAAAGCCUCAUAAGGCAACACACCCACUUGAUGAUGUUGUGAAGUUCAAGGAAAGAGAAUGUUAAAAGUGAAACAGAAAAUAAACAGUACUGCGAUGGUGGAUGCCAACUUA